AUGAGCUAUCCAGGAUACCCACCCCAGGCCGGAGGUUACCCACCCCAGGCCGGAGGUUACCCACCCCAGGCAGGAGGUUACCCACCCCAGGCCGGAGGUUACCCACCCCAGGCCGGAGGUUACCCACCCCAGGCCGGAGGUUACCCACCCCAGGCCGGAGGUUACCCACCCCAGGCAGGCGGCUAUCCCCCUCAAGCAGGGGGUUACCCCUCUCAGGCUGGAGGUUACCCCCCUCAGGCUGGUGGCUAUCCUCCACAGCCUGUAGCUGGAGGGUACCCAGCCAUGCCCCCAGCAGGUAAGGCCUCAGCUCAACAGAUCAUGGUUGGCUUAAAACAUUUUUUAUAGGUACAAGGUAUAUGAAAUGUAAUGUAAUCUAAGGGAGGCACAGACAGACAGACAGACAGACAGAUUGAGGACAGAAACAUAAAGACAUGGUCAAGAAAAGAGGACAGGCUACUGACUGACAGGCUCAGAGACUGAGUCCUUCUGUCUUCCUUUGUCUCAGGGCCAGAGAUCAUCAUGAGGUUUAGAUUUAAUGUUGUGCGGCAUGUGUGUUCUCUAAACAGCCUCUGCUGUGCUGAGAGACAACACUCACAGACCAACUAGUGUCUGACACAGUCCUCCAAUUCUGUGUGCCCUGAGAAUCAUUCCAUGUCUGCUGACUAGAAGCCGAGGUUAGUCAGAUAUAUUGGCAAGUGUGAACCGUUCAUUGCCAGUCCUGGUGUCUCAUUCCAAAGUCAAUGUAUUUACCUCUCUAGCCUGGCACAAUCACCAGACAUUUAUUGAAACCUCUCUAUGAAAUCUUAGCACUUUCUAUGUUGUUUUGAAAACAGCACUUUUUUUUUGGUAACAACAUUGAUUGAUUGAUUGAUUGAUUAAAAGCAGAACAGCCACAACAUCAAAGCAGUACAUACUACAUACAUACUAUUAUUAUUAUAAUAAUCCUAUAUCAGUUUGUCAGUGAUUUGCCAUAAACAGUUUAGUGACAUACAGUGAAGGAAAAAAGUAUUUGAUCCCCUGCUGAUUUUGUAUGUUUGCCCACUGACAAAGAAAUGAUCAGUCUAUAAUUUUAAUGGUCGGUUUAUUUGAACAGUGAGAGACAGAAUAACAAAACAACAAUCCAGAAAAUAGCAUGUCAAAAAUGUUAUAAAUUGAUUUGCAUUUUAAUGAGGGAAAUAAGUAUUUGACCCCCUCUCAAUCAGAAAGAUUUCUGGCUCCCAGGUGGCUUUUAUACAGGUAACGAGCUGAGAUUAGGAGCACACUCGUAAAGGGAGUGCUCCUAAUCUCAGCUUGUUACCUGUAUAAAAGACACCUGUCCACAGAAGCAAUCAAUCAAUCAGAUUCCAAACUCUCCACCAUGGCCAAGACCAAAGAGCUCUCCAAGGAUGUCAGGGACAAUAUUGUAGACCUACACAAGGCUGGAAUGUGUUACAAGACCAUCGCUAAGCAGCUUGGUGAGAAGGUGACAACAGUUGGUGCGAUUAUUCGCAAAUGGAAGAAACACAAAAUAACUGUCAAUCUCCCUUGGCCUGGGGCUCCAUGCAAGAUCUCACCUCGUGGAGUUGCAAUGAUCAUGAGAACGGUGAGGAAUCGGCCCAGAACUACACGGGAGGAUCUUGUCAAUCAUCUCAAGGCAGCUGGGACCAUAGUCACCAAGAAAACAAUUGGUAACACACUACGCCGUGAAGGACUGAAAUCCUGCAGCGCCUGCAAGGUCCCCCUGCUCAAGAAAGCACAUAUACAGGCCUAUCUGAAGUUUGCCAAUGAACAUCUGAAUGAUUCAGAGGAGAACUGGGUGAAAGUGUUGUGGUCAGAUGAGACCAAAAUCGAGCUCUUUGGCAUCAACUCAACUCGCCGUGUUUGGAGGAGGAGGAAUGCAGCCUAUGACCCCAAGAACACCAUCCCCACCAUCAAACAUGGAGGUGGAAACAUUAUGCUUUGGGGGUGUUUUUCUGCUAAGGGGACAGAACAACUUCACCGCAUUAAAGGGACGAUGGACAGGGCCAUGUACCGUCAAAUCUUGGGUGAGAACCUCCUUCCCUCAGCCAGGGCAUUGAAAAUGGGUCGUGGAUGGGUAUUCCAGCAUGACAAUGACCCAAAACACACGGCCAAGGCAACAAAGGAGUGGCUCAAGAAGAAGCACAUUAAGUUCCUGGAGUGGCCUAGCCAGUCUCCAGACCUUAAUCCCAUAGAAAAUCUGUGGAGGGAGCUGAAGGUUCGAGUUGCCAAACGUCAGCCUCAAAACCUUAAUGACUUGGAGAAGAUCUGCGAAGAGGAGUGGGACAAAAUCCCUCCUGAGAAGUGUGCAAACCUGGUGGCCAACUACAAGAAACGUCUGACCUCUGUGAUUGCCAACAAGGGUAUUGCCACCAAGUACUAAGUCAUGUUUUGCAGAGGGGUCAAAUACUUAUUUCCCUCAUUAAAAUGCAAAUCAAUUUAUAACAUUUUUGACACGCGUUUUUCUGGAUUUUUUUGUUGUUAUUCUGUCUCUCACUGUUCAAAUAAACCUACCCUACUGAUCAGUCUCCCCACAGUGCUAGCUGUGCCACUAGAGAUCCUGGUUCGAAUCCAGGCUCUGUCGUAGCCGGCCGCGACCGGGAGACCCAUGGGGCGGCGCGCAAUUUGCCCAGCGUCGUCCAGGGUAGGGGAGGGAAUGGCCGGCAGGGAUGUAGCUCAGUUGAUAGAGCAUGGUGUUUGCAACGCCAGGGUUGUGGGUUCGUUUCCCACAGGGGGUAUGAAAAAAAAAAAAUGUAUGCACUGUAAGUCGCUCUGGAUAAGAGCGUCUGCUAAAUGACUAAAAUGUAAAUGUAAUGUCUUUGUCAGUGGGCAAACGUACAAAAUCAGCAGGGGAUCAAAUACCUGUUUCCCUCACUGUAUACACCCAUCUAUGUCAUCUGUUGCAGGUAGUUGGGGAGGUGGUGCUGGUUUCCCCACCAUAGGUGUUGAUAAUCUGUCCAACCCUGGAUUCAACGCAGGCAAUCUUCCAGCCAUGGUAAGUCUGGCAUGAAAAUACACCCAUCCCCCCCGAAUUACACAGAGAAUAUUCUCAACAUGCUUGUACUUCAUCCCCUUCAGAUGAUUGCGUUAAAUAUUUCAGUUAGCAUGAAUUGCAUGGCCAAUAUUGGAAAUCACAUCCCAAUUAUUGACUGGUAAGACUUUUAUAAAAAAUUAUCAUCUUUUAAUCUUCGAUCUGUGUUGCAGCUUUCUUGUAAACCUUUCUUCAAAAUCUCUUGCAUGACGAAAAGAAUGUGGCUCGUAAUUAGCUAAGAUAGUGCUUCAAAAAUGUAAUAAUUUUCUGCAACCUCUUAUUUCACUGUUGUAAUCCUUCAAAACUCCAUGUUUUGUAUAAUUUCUUUAUGUUGCAUUAUCUUUUAUUUUCUCUGUAAUCAAAACACAACAGCAGAUGCUGUAUUAUCUAUAAUACAUUAUUGAUCAUCUACAAAACAGCUUAGCAUGCAUAUUAGUUGAAACCAAUCAGCGUCCUGUCUGUGCACAUUUUAUUGGAUGCUCAUUUCUCCUCCUCCAAUCACAGGCCAACCAGAUCUCAGCAGCCAUGGGGGGCUUUAACCCCAACCCCGCCAUGUUCACCCCUGGUGGGUACCCCCAACAUGCCCCCCAGCCCCCUAACCAACAGCCCCAAUGCCUGUACCCACAGCCAGGAGGGCAGAUGCCCCAGACUCAAGGCCCAGGCAUGGGCUACCCAGGCCAGCCCAUGCCUGGCUACCCACAGGCACCCUCACCCAACCCCUCCAUGCCAGGAUACGGAGGAGGGCCAGCGCCUAACCAGCCCAUGCCAGGGUACCCUCAAGCCCCGUCGCCCAACCCGUCCAUGCCAGGAUACGGAGGAGGAGCCAUACCCGUCGCACCUGCCAUCAAUGUAAGAGACACUGGGAAGAUUUAACCCUAUUGUGACAAUAGUCCUUCAAAAUACCAUUUAGGACAGGUAUAUGUCCUGUUAAGUGUCCAUACUUCAUCCAUGGGUUUCAACUUGGAAACCUGAGUGUUCUGCACUAAUAGUGAUAGUGUUUCUAUAGUUUUCUGUUUCUUCUUGAGAUAAUGAUAAGAGAUUUGACAGGAGUUUUACUGGCAAAUGACACUGAAAGGGUAAAGCGAUCUGGAAAAUGCCCUCUUCUUCCCUGUUCUUCCAGAGAGGAUUCCGGGGAAGCAUCAAGGAUUAUCCGGGAGCGGACCCACUGAGAGAUGUGGAGGUUCUGAGGAAAGCCAUGAAGGGCUUUGGUGAGUUGGUUACAUAGGUCCAGUCCAGAAACAUCCCUUAUACAGUCUAGGGGUAUAGUGAGUGAGUUAAACCCUGUUCAGAAACAGCCCCAUACCCUUAUAUAGGGGUCGAGUGAGUGAGAGGCUGUGUCCGAAUACCCAUUCUAGUGUACUACAUACUUAAACUGCAUACUAUGUACUGAUAAUAGCUCAAUUCCCAUUCAAUUAAUUUCUCUAAACUCUGAACAGAAUAGGAAUGGAGUUGUAGGUCUACUCAGGCUGGUUAGAGGCAGACUAUCACGUUCACCCUAUACCGUAGCCCAUAUAGCCCAUCUAUGCUAUUUAAAAAGGACUGAACCAGAAACAGAUCAUUUGGUUCCAUUUCAACAUAUUUAUUAGUUAAUAGGUAGAAUAUACCCAGAGCUGAUUUGUGAAGGUGCUGGACACAAAAGCCAAAACUGGAGAAACAGGAAAAAGUUAUCUAUUAGUGAAACCAAAGUGCUGUAACAUAUAAAUGACAUAAAAUAGCCUAGUACACAGCAAAACUUUUCAAAUGUUCAAAUCUAUAGGCUAUUGCACAGAAAAACGUGGACAGUCGGGUGCAUCGCAAAUUCAGAACCGCUGGACAGCAACAUAAUAAACUAAAGCACUGAUCAUUUGGAAGGAGAUCAGAAUGACUGCUAAGGCUUGAUCCAUAAAUUGAAUAAUUAAAGGUGCAAUAUGCAGAAAUCACCCCCCAUUUCCUGGUUGCUAAAAUUCUAAUAAUUUUGCCUAAUUUCAGUUUGUGACAAAACAAGCACUCAGAGUGUAGAGAAUCAUUGAACCAUCCAAACCGCUGUGAAAUAUAUUUUCCAUAACCAAAAAUAUUGUAUGUUCAGCUGUUUGAAGCUGGUGUACAAAACUGAAAGUAAAAGACAUAAACGAAAAGUAAGAACGGGAAGCAUAGAAAUAUCACACAUAAAACAGAUUUACUGCUUCUUAGACUUGCUUUCAAUGCAAAAGGCAGAUCUAUAACUCACAUUUCCAUGUGAAUUUGGUUGGGUCACCCUAAAAGUUACAUAUUGCAGCUUUAAAUAGGUAGCCUAGCCUACAAAACUAAAACAAUGAAUAUGUUCAAAUCCGAAGGCCUGAUUAACAUGACAUCAAUAACGCAGCCGCAUCCCGAGUCCCCGGUGCCGACACAUUAAAAAAUCAAAAGAUGGUUUUAGUAUUUAGUUUAAAAGCUCAGACGAAAACCAAGAGAACAAGAAACACUUUCCAAUGAGAAAACAGAAAUCCACUUUUUUAAAAAAAUCUGUUUUUUUCUGUUUUCAAAGAUGAAGCCUACGAUGCAAUACUCGUGAUCAUUUUAUGGAGAACAAAAACUACUUAGCCUACAUUUGAACACCACCUCAGAAGUUUUGCUAUUUGGCAUCUUCCCAAUUAUCCUUUUACUGCAGUGGUCUAAAUCAGCGUCACUCAGUGUUUCUUGAUAGUCUUAAACAAGUCUACUUUGAAACAAAAGUAUACACCUCACGCACAUGGUUAUUGGCUUUAAAAAAAAAAACGAACAGCUAUACCAUGUCUGAUAUAGAGUUGAAAUGUAUUCAAUUUUGAGUUUGCAUCCCAAUAUUACACUUUAUAUACAUCACAGAAGACUGAAAUAUAACAAAACCGUUUGACAUAGAAACACCGGAUUUCUGGCAGGUUUUUUAAAAUAAUGUUUAUUAAUUAUUAAUUUAUGAAAAAUAUUUUGAACAUUCCACCCAUGAGGCCACAAGGUCGAUUUGUUCAUUCCACUGCAGGAACGGGUUUUAAGUAGCCCAGUUUAGUUGUUUUGCUACUUGAAGAGAACUAGGGCCUAUCACUCGCAGCCCACCUCUUCCAAUGCAUUGUGGAAUAGUGUGCAUCAAAUUCUACUAGAUGAAGCUCCGAAAUGAGUAUAACAUCCUGGCAUUUAAACCAUACUCAAUUUUCGAAAAUUCACUUACUUUAAAAUGUUAUACACUGCUCAAAAAAAUAAAGGGAACACUUAAACAACACAAUGUAACUCCAAGUCAAUCACACUUCUGUGAAAUCAAACUGUCCACUUAGGAAGCAACACUGAUUGACAAUACAUUUCACAUGCUGUUGUGCAAAUGGAAUAGACAACAGGUGGAAAUUAUAGGCAAUUAGCAAGACACCCCCAAUAAAGGACUGGUUUUGCAGGUGGUGACCACAGACCACUUCUCAGUUCCUAUGCUUCCUGGCUGAUGUUUUUGGUCACUUUUGAAUGGUGGCGGUGCUUUCACUCUAGUGGUAGCAUGAGACGGAGUCUACAACCCACACAAGUGGCUCAGGUAGUGCAGCUCAUCCAGGAUGGCACAUCAAUGCGAGCUGUGGCAAGAAGGUUUGCUGUGUCUGUCAGCUUAGUGUCCAGAGCUUGGAGGCGCUACCAGGAGACAGGCCAGUACAUCUGGAGACGUGGAGGAGGCCGUAGGAGGGCAACAACCCAGCAGCAGGACUGCUACCUCCACCUUUGUGCAAGGAGGAGCAGGAGGAGCACUGCCAGAGCCCUGCAAAAUGACCUCCAGCAGGCCACAAAUGUGCAUGUGUCUGCUCAAACGGUCAGAAACAGACUCCAUGAGGGUGGUAUGAGGGCCCGACGUCCACAGGUGGGGGUUGUGCUUACAGCCCAACACCGUGCAGGACGUUUGGCAUUUGCCAGAGAACACCAAGAUUGGCAAAUUCGCCACUGGCGCCCUGUGCUCUUCACAGAUGAAGCAGGUUCACACUGAGCACAUGUGACAAAGUCUGGAGACGCCGUGGAGAACGUUCUGCUGCCUGCAACAUCCUCCAGCAUGACCGGUUUGGCGGUGGGUCAGUCAUGGUGUGGGGUGGCAUUUCUUUGGGGGGCCGCACAGCCCUCCAUGUGCUCGCCAGAGGUAGCCUGACUGCCAUUAGGUACCGAGAUGAGAUCCUCAGACCCCUUGUGAGACCAUAUGCUGAUGCGGUUGGCCCUGGGUUCCUCCUAAUGCAAGACAAUGCUAGACCUCAUGUGGCUGGAGUGUGUCAGCAGUUCCUGCAAGAGGAAGGCAUUGAUGCUAUGGACUGGCCCGCCCGUUCCCCAGACCUGAAUCCAAUUGAGCACAUCUGGGACAUCAUGUCUCGCUCCAUCCACCAACGCCACGUUGCACCACAGACUGUCCAGGAGUUGGCGGAUGCUUUAGUCCAGGUCUGGGAGGAGAUCCCUCAGGAGACCAUCCGCCACCUCAUCAAGAGCAUGCCCAGGCGUUGUAGGGAGGUCAUACAGGCACGUGGAGGCCACACACUACUGAGCCUCAUUUUGACUUGUUUUAAGGACAUUACAUCAAAGUUGGAUCAGCCUGUAGUGUGGUUUUCCACUUAAAUUUUGAGGGUGACUCCAAAUCCAGACCUCCAUGGGUUGAUAAAUUUGAUUUCCAUUGAUAAUCUUAGUGUGAUUUUGUUGUCAGCACAUUCAACUAUGUAAAGAAAAAAGUAUUUAAUAAGAUUAUUUCAUUCAUUCAGAUCUAGGAUGUGUUAUUUUAGUGUUCCCUUUAUUUUUUUGAGCAGUGUAUUUUCGCAUACUGAGAAUGCGCAAUUGCGUUGUUUUGCAUUAUUGGUUGAUUUCGGUAGCACAUCCAUAUCUGAUUAUCAGCUGUUGUCAAAGCCAAAAUGAGUAUGACAUCUGGGCAUUUAAAGUAUACAAAAUGUUCUAAAUACAUACUAUAAAAAAAAAAAUUUGCAUACUCAAACGGCCUACUAUUUAGGAUGCAAGUAUGGGUAUUCGGACACGGCCAGUUAGACCCCGUUCAGAAACAACCCCUAGCCCCUUAUAUAGGGGUCUAGUGAGUGAGUUAGACCCAAUCUAAUAUUGGAACCAGAAACAAAUAUUGCAUGCGUAAUGGCCAGCUGUCAUGAGAGAAUAGACCCUGUUCUGAAACAAGCCCUUGCCAGUCCCUUAUACAAUACACACUGGACAUCUGAAUGGUUUGCAUAGGUAUAAUCAACACUAGCAGUUAUGUUGCCUUCUAUCAUUGAUCCUCGAUCUUUGAAUUACUUAAUUAUGUAUAAAAAUCUGGUGAUGUUUGCUCAGCUAUACUACUAAAACAAUGAUGUUAUAAAUCCAAGGGAAAUGGAUGGGCUGUUUUGAAUAAUGUGUUCUGACAGUGGACUUGUCCUACAGGUACUGAUGAACAGGCCAUCAUAGACCUGCUAGGAAGUCGCUCCAACAGACAGCGUGUUCCCAUGCUCAUGGCCUUCAAAACCUCCUACGGAAAGGUAGCUAAUACAAUCAUAAUUACAUUAUACUACGUUAGUACAAUGUACAUUUUCUUAUAGCUUAUUUUUUAUUAUAGAAAGACAAUACAGUGAUUAUGACCAUACAGUUGAAGUCGGAGGUUUACAUACACUUAGGUUGGAGUCAUUAAAACUUGUUUUUCAACCACUCCCACAAAUGUUUUGUUAACAAACUAUAGUUUUGGCAAAUCGGUUAGGACAUCUACUUUGUCCAUGACACAAGUCAUUUUUCCAACAAUUGUUUAGAGACAGAUUAUUUCACUUAUAAUUCACUGUAUCACAAUUCCAGUGGGUCAGAAGUUUACGUACACUAAGUUGACUGUGCCUUUAAAUAGCUUGGAAAAUUCCAGAAAAUGAUGUCAUGGCUUUAGAAGCUUCUGAUAGGCUAAUUGACAUAAUUUGCGUCAAUUGGAGGUGUACCUGUGGAUGUAUUUCAAGGCCUACCUUCAAACUCAGUGCCUCUUUGCUUGACAUCAUGGGAAAAUCUAAAGAAAUCAGCCAAGACCUCAGAAAAAUAAUUGUAGACCUCCACAAGUCUGGUUCAUCCUUGGGAGCAAUUUCCAAAUGCCUGAAGGUACCACGCUCAUCUGUACAAACAAUAGUACACAAGUAUAAACACCAUGGGACCACGCAGCCGUCAUACCGCUCAGGAAGGAGACGCGUUCUGUCUCCUAGAGAUGAACGUACUUUGGUGCGAAAAGUGCAAAUCAAUCCCAGAACCACAGCAAAGGACCUUGUGAAGAUGCUGGUAAAACGAGUCCUAUAUCGACAUAACCUGAAAGGCCACUCAGCAAGGAAGAAGCCACUGCUCCAAAAAAGCCAGACUACAGUUUACAACUGCACAUGUGGACAAAGAUCGUACUUUUUGGAGAAAUGUCCUCUGGUCUGAUGAAACAAAAUUAGAACUGUUUGGAGGAAAAAGGCGGUAGUUGCAAGCCAAAGAACACCAUCCCAACCGUGAAGCACGGGGGUGGCAGAAUCAUGCUGUGGAGGUGCUUUGCUGCUGGAAGGACUGGUGCACUUCACAAAAUAGAUGGCAUCAUGAGGAAGGAAACUGAUGUGGAUAUAUAGAAGCAACAUCUCAAGACAUCAGUCAGGAAGUUAAAGCUUGGUCGCAAAUGGGUCUUCCAAAUGGACAAUGACCCCAAGCAUACUUCCAAAGUUGUGGCAAAAUGGCUUAAGGACAACAAAGUCAAGGUAUUGGAGUGGCCAUCACAAAGCCCUGACCUCAAUCCUAUAUUUGUGGGCAGAACUGAAAAAGCGUGUGUGAGCAAGGAGGCCUACAAACCUGACUCCGUUACACCAGCUCUGUCAGGAGGAAUGGGCCAAAAUUCACCCAACUUAUUGUGGGAAGCUUGUGGAAGGCUACCUGAAAUGUUUGACCCAAGUUACACAAUUUAAAGGCAACGCUACCAAAUACUAAUUGAGUGUAUGUAAACUUCUGACCCACUGGGAAUGUGAUAAAAUAAAUAAAUGCUGAAAUAAAUUAUUCUCUCUACUAUUAUUCUGACAUUUCACAUUCUUACAAUAAAGUGGUGAUCCUAACUGACGUAAGACAGGGAAUGUUUAAUGUCAGGAAUGUCAGGAAUUGUGAGAAACUGAGUUGAAAUGUAUUUGGCUAAGGUGUAUGUAAACUUCCGACUUCAACUGUACAGUUGUCUUAUCAUUUAAAAACAUGAUACCUUAUUUAUCUAAUUUGAGUUUUUAGGGAGCAAUGAAAAUAAGUGUUACAGCAUCAUAAAAUGGUCUGAAUAUGUUGCCCUGAAGUGAGAGACAGAGUGUAUUCUCUAGUGUGUGCCAGUGAUAUCUAAACAGCAGCUAUUGGUUCUGCCAAUAAACGACAUCCCUGGGGGAUCUGAUUCACUCAGGCUUUAUUAGCUACAGCCAUACCCAGAACACACGUGGCACAGCAGUUGAACACACGUGGCACAGCAGUUGAACACACGUGGCACAGCAGUUGAACACACGUGGCACAGCAGUUGAACACACGUGGCACAGCAGUUGAACACACGUGGCACAGCAGUUGAACACACGUGGCACAGCAGUUGAACACACGUGGCACAGCAGUUGAACACACGUGGCACAGCAGUUGAACACACGUGGCAUCAGUGCUUGAAGUGGACUGAAAUAAGUACCGCUACUCAUUUGGCCUCUCUAACCCUGUUCCUGGAGAGCCACCUUCCUGGAGGUUUUCGCUCCCACCCCAGUUGUAACUAGCCAGCUUAUCAACCAGCUAAUUAUUAGAAUCAGGUGUGCUAGAUAAGGGUUGGAGUUAAAACCUACAGGACGGUAGCUCUCUAGGAACAGGGUUGGAGUGAACCUACAGGACGGUAGCUCUCUAGGAACAGGGUUGGAGUGAAAACCUACAGGACGGUAGCUCUCUAGGAACAGGGUUGGAGUGAAAACCUACAGGACGGUAGCUCUCUAGGAACAGGGUUGGAGUGAACCUACAGGACGGUAGCUCUCUAGGAACAGGGUUGGAGUAAAAACCUACAGAACGGUAGCUCUCUAGGAACAGGGUUGGAGUGUGAACCUACAGGACGGUAGCUCUCUAGGAACAGGGUUGGAGUGAAAACCUACAGGACGGUAGCUCUCUAGGAACAGGGUUGGAGUGAAAACCUACAGGACGGUAGCUCUUUAGGAACAGGGUUGGAGUGAAAACCUACAGGACGGUAGCUCUCUAGGAACAGGGUUGGAGAGCCCUGCACUAUACUAUAUAGACUUACUACUACUCAUAUUUUAGAGCCAAUAUUCUAAAAGAGGUGCCAGUCCUCAAGCACUACAGAAAAUGACGGUGUCUGUAUUCAAGUCAGAUAAUUCAAGGUGCUUGUUCGCUGUAUUGCUGAGCACCGGCCCAACUCAAGGACUGCUUGGAUAGCAUUGAAUUAUACCAAGCUUGUACCCACUUACCUUCCCAGGAUCUGGUUAAGGAUCUGAAGUCAGAGCUUUCAGGGAACUUUGAGAAGCUGGUGCUGGCCAUGUUGAAGACUCCAGCCCAGCUUGAUGCAUACGAACUCAAAGAAGCCAUUAAGGUUUGUGAAUGGGUUUUUAUAAUCACUGACAUAUUCCCUCUUCUUAACGUGUGUGUGCAUGAAAACAAGAGUAAUGUUUUGUUUUGUGUGUUUUUUUUCACUAUCAUCUAGCUAAACUAGCUUAAGGAACAGAGAAAGACAAAUCAUACUUGGUAUAUAAUAAUAUCCAUGUCAUAACCUCCCAACCAUUCUCUGCUGUAUGUUCUGACAGGGCGCAGGGACAGACGAGGCCUGUCUGAUAGAGAUCCUGUCCUCUCGCUCCAACGCAGAGAUCAAAGAGAUCAACCAGAUCUACAAGACAGGUGAGUUACAUACAAACACUGUUCAGGGAUGUAAUGUGAACAAUGCUGAGGGAUUUGUAUAUUUCCUUUUAGAAACACACCAUGCCUCGGUUGGACUUGGUUGUGUAAGUGGACUGUGUGUGUUAUUUCAGAGAAUAAGAAGUCUCUGGAAGAUGCCAUCAGUGGGGACACCUCAGGACAUUUCCGUAGACUCCUCAUCUCUCUGGCCCAGGUACAGCCUGUGGCCCAUAGAUAUAGAAUAAUGUAUACAUUCUAAAUAUAUAUACACAUAGGAAUACAUACAGUACAUAUUCAUUAUGUGUUUUGUUUGUGCUCUCAGGGUAAUCGAGAUGAAAGAGAGACGGUGGACAUCUCUGUAGCCAAACAAGAUGCCCAGGUAAAUUGCCAUUUCUUAUCUAUAACGAACCUUGUGACGUCUAAUCUACAUAUUGUAGUAUGUCUUCAGCAUACUUCGGGCCAGGAGUUUUUCAUGACCACGUGAUUUGAGCAGGAAAAACUCAGGACCCUACACGGCAUACUAGAAAUCUCUACCUACUCAAUGAAAGACGCCUGUGUGUAUUGUGUGCCCUCUGUCCAGGCCCUGUAUGCUGCUGGGGAGAGCAAGGUGGGAACAGAUGAGUCCAAGUUCAACGCCAUCCUGUGUUCCAGGAGCAAAGCCCACCUCAGAGCAGGUAACUACAGGGAAGAGGAACGGUACUGUGACGACAGAAGUGAAAUAUCAAUUAAAUGUAUUUGAAAUAUCAAUUAAAUGUAUUUGAAAUAUCAAUUUAAUGUAUAUGAAAUAUCAGUCCUAUGGUGCUCUCCACUCACCUUGACUCGUAGCUAGAUCAUUUGCCGCUACCUUAUCCGUGUGUGUGUGUGUGUGUGUGUGUGUGUGUGUGUGUGUGUGUAGUGUUCCAUGAGUACCAGCAGAUGUGUGGCAGAGACCUAGAGAAGAGCAUCGACAGAGAAAUGUCUGGAGACCUGGAGAGUGGAAUGGUGGCCGUGGGUAAGAGGAAACCUUUUGGUUAACACACUCGUGCACUGCCACACCUAUACAGGUCUAUCCGGUGUCACACCUACACGUUUCUACACAAGCACAAACUAACACUAUGUAACACCCAUAACAACGCACACCACCCACUCACACACACACAUACACAGCUAUGUCUUACUAUACUUGUGAGGACUUUUUGGGGGACCAAAAAUUGAUUCCCAUUCAAAAUCAUAGUUUUGGCUCUACUCCAGGACUUUGGAUUUGAAAUGAUACAAUGACUAUGAAGUUAAAGUACAAACUGUCAGCUUUCAUUUGAAGGCAUUUUCAGGGGAUCAAAAGUAUUGGGACAAAUUCACUUAUGCAUAUUAAAGUAGUCCAAAAUUGAGUAUUUGGUCCCAUAUUCCUAGCACGCAAGGAUUACAUCAAGUUUGUGACUCUACAAACUUGUUAGAUGCAUUUGCUGUUUGUUUUGGUUGUGUUUCAGAUUAUUUUGUGCCCAAUAGAAAUGAAUGGUAAAUAAUGUAUUGUGUCAUUUUGGAGACACUUUUAUUGUAAAUAAGAAUAUAAUAUGUUUCUCAACACUUCUAGAUGAAUGUGGAUGCUACCAUGAUUACAGAUAAUCCUGAAGUAAUUGUGAAUAAUGAUGAGUGAGAAAGUUAGAGGCAUAAAUAUCACAAAUGCUAACCUCCCCUGUUAUUGUAAUGGUGAGAGGUUAGCAUGUCUUAGGGGUAUGAUAUAAAAUGCUAACCUCCCCUGUUAUUGUAAUGGUGAGAGGUUAGCAUGUCUUAGGGGUAUAAUAUAAAAUGCUAACCUCCCCUGUUAUUGUAAUGGUGAGAGGUUAGCAUGUCUUAGGGGUAUAAUAUAAAAUGCUAACCUCCCCUGUUAUUGUAAUGGUGAGAGGUUAGCAUGUCUUAGGGGUAUAAUAUAAAAUGCUAACCUCCCCUGUUAUUGUAAUGGUGAGAGGUUAGCAUGUCUUGGGGAUAUUAUAUUUGUGCGUUUCACUCAUACAGGAAAAUGAUUUUUUUGGGCCUCCAAAAAUUGUUUUUGGUUCAAAGACUGUAAAAUCACCAGGAAUUCAGCAAAAAAUUGAAAUCUGUUCCCAAACAUAAGAGACGUGAUUGUGUCUCAAUGUAAUCAAGGUAUGAAAUUAUUGUAUAUGAAAAUUAUCUAUUUUUGGGCUUAGUUGUGGUAAAUUUGUAGUGUACAAAUUCUAAUAAUUAUGUUCUGGCCCCCCGACCAUCCGCUCUGACAAAAAUCGUCCUGCGGCUGAAUCUAGUUGCCUACCCCUGCCUUAAUACAUACUUAAAAAUUAUAUUAUGUGAGUUAAACAUAAUAAUAUAUAAAAACAGUUUUCUUAAAGUAUAUUUUCUACAGAUUAUUAACAUUACUGUCCCCACUACAAGAAUGAAAUACUUAAAUAUAUGAAAUACUUACAUAUAACUGAAAUACUGUAUAAUUCCAUUAAUUCCUAUGGAGGACUGCUCCUACUGGGGAGUGUCAAUAUGGCCGACCAGUGGCUUCAAAGCCUCUCAAUGGUCAAUACAUAGCAUCAGCAAUCCAGGGAUUAUAUACAUCAUUGGUUAACACCCAUAACUUACUCAUUGUUAUUGUUGAAAAAUGUUAUAGAAGAUCCUUUAACAAUAUGUGUUGCCACACUGUUGCUGCCUGAAUUUGUAAUUGUUGUUGUGUUUUCCCCCACUUGGCUAUCAUUGCUCAGGUUAAUGGUACAGUAACAUGCUUUUAGUUUCAUUUGACUGGAUGACAUUGUUAUCUGACUGUGUAUCAAGAGAAUAUCUCACCCAUACACACUUGUGAUGAUGUGGUGUGGUGUGUUUGCUUCUUCCAUUACGCAUGAUGUUUGUCCAUACAGAAGUCAUGUUGAUGUGAUGUUUUGAAAAUGUAUUUCACCCCUCAAACUAUAGUCAUAUAUUCUCUGUUUUCUUCAACUCUCAUGUUCAGGUUUCAGAUAGGACUUUAUAUACAAUAUUUUCAGUUUAAUCCCUUCCUAUCGUUUUAAACAGUUUUGCUUGUGUUUGAGAGUUUCCCUCCCCUCACGAUAUCAGUCACCUUGUCUCGGAUCUGUUUGUGCUCUUGCCAACUCCAUUGCUUUCAUCGUCAACCCAAACGUUAGCCAUGACAAUGACUGACAAGGAGUUGGCAUGCUAGCACUAACUGACUGGUGUUAUCAGUCCCUCCCUCCAUAUAGCUAUUACUAGUCUAAGGUUCAGGAGGGUGAAUAGUACACGCUGGGCGUUCUAACCCUCUGCUCUCUCCGUGUUCCAGUCAAGUGUAUUAAGAACACACCUGCCUACUUCGCGGAGAGACUCUACAAGUCCAUGAAGGUAAGACACGCCCCGUUUCGAUCUGUCUGUCUGGGCUGAUUACAACAUACUGUACAUAGAGCACAGUCCAACAGAACUGUCCAUGACUGAAACGUGCACUCUGUUUAAGUUCAUUACAUUUUUACUUUCCCAGUCCCAAUGAAAUUACAUAGUUAUUACAGUAAUUGCUUCUGAUAACUGUACUCUUCAAAAAAGUGCUUCGGUCCUGCCUGACCUGUGUGUGUUCGUGUUUUCAGGGGGCCGGGACCAAGGACAAAACCCUGAUUCGGAUCAUGGUGACGCGUUCUGAGGUGGACAUGCUGGAUAUCCGUCAGGAAUACGUCAAGAACUACGGCAAGUCGCUCUACACAGACAUCUCUGUAAGUAUCUCUCCUCAUCACCACCCAAUAAUGCUACUGCUACAGAGCAGGUUAGGUAUUCCAGUAUGAUGUUCUGGACUAGUUUGUUGAUGUGUUUGUGUUGUUGUUGUUGUCUAUGACAGGGAGACACCUCAGGGGACUAUAAGAAACUGCUGUUAAAGCUGUGUGGAGGGAGUGACUAGACGGACCAUGUCAGCUCUCUACAGGAUCUCCAACACUCACAAAUAUACCCAUUUACUGACUGGCCUAUAAUAUAAUAAUUAUAAUAAUAUAUGCCAUUCUGCCUAUCUCUGUCUAUGCAUGCACCACAAUCAGCAAUUCUGCAUGCCAUGCCAUCCAUUUUUUCAGUGCAACUGUUGUCACAUGUUAUGAUAUGAGAACCUCAUAUCCUAAAAGCUGUUCCUUUUCUAUAUUUUUAUGAGCAAGAAAGUAUAUAUUUUUCCAUACGUUUUCCUAUAAUUGAUAUUAUAACUUAGUCGAGCUGAAAAUGCCCUUAAAGGUACAAUGUGCAGCAUUGAUUAGAUUUUGAUUUUAAAUCAAUAUAUAUAUUUUUUAAAGGUUAUAUUUUAUUUUAACAAGCCUGUGCCAAUAUUAUGCGUAUCUAAUUGUACAAGAUAAUUCAGUACUAAUUGGUUUAGCUGAGCAAUGUUAAAUGUAUUACUCUGAUAAGAAUAAUUAGCAGCUAAAAUACCAAAGUGGUCAGAUUAUAUUUAAGCAAUAAGGUCAGAGGGGGUGUGAAAUAUGGCCAAUAUACCACGGCUAAGGGCUGUUCUUAUGCACGACACAA